AUGGUUCAAGGAAUUUGUGAGAUCGCCGCCAUGUGCGUGGGCUUAGUGGGGCUCAUCGGAGCCGCCGCCACCACCGGAAUGCCCACCUGGAAGGUGACGGCGUUCAUCGGGGAGAACAUCGUAGUCAUGGAGAGCCGCUGGGAGGGCUUGUGGAUGAACUGCUACCGGCAAGCCAACAUCAGGAUGCAGUGCAAGGUCUACGACUCUCUGCUUUUCCUGCCGGCCGAACUGCAGGCCGCCAGGGGCCUCAUGUGCUGCUCCCUGGCUCUAUCCGGGUUGGGCCUCCUGUUGGCUACAUCGGGCCUGCGCUGCACUUCUUGCUUCCGCGGAAACCGCAGAGUCAAAGCGGCCAUCUUGGCAACGGCGGGCGGCGCGCAACUCCUGGCUUCCGUCUGCGUCUUCAUCCCCGUCUCGUGGACGGGCCACGUGAUUAUCCGCGACUUCUACAAUCCGUUGCUGAUCGACGCCCAGAGGAGGGAACUGGGGGACGCGCUUUACGUGGGAUGGGUUACGGGAGCCUUUCUCUUUAGCUCCGGCUUGUUGUUCAUCUGCGGUCUACGGGGAUCGGACCAACGGGUAUCGGACCAAAAGCCGCUUCCGAUGAGCUACCAGGCAAUCCCGAGCGGUCUCGCGUCUGACCACCUCGUUGACCCUCGGAUCGCAAGUGGCGACCCCGUUUUCCUCCAACAACCUGAAAGCGGGUCGCUCUUGUAUCAAGGCAGAUCAGGUCCACUGUCCCACCCGUUAACCGGCAUCUACACACCGAUCAACUCUUUGUACCUGAGCCAGAACAGUACGCCGUACACGCUAACGUACAACCCGACCUUGUCCUACCAAUCGAGUUUCCACCCGACACCUCAAGCUAGUGUUUUUAUUCCGUAUAAAGCGUCUAGAAUUGAACCGCCGUCUCACAAAGACGCUGAAGAUGUGUACAUCUUUGGCACACUGCUGGCGCUUGCCUUCCUGAUGCUACUGGCUGCUCUCUGGGUUCGUCGCUUCUCGAUCAGGAUGAAAAACCAACUCCACGACGCAGCUGAGAUUGUUCGACGCAACGGCGACCAGUUGGCCCAGUUAAUGAAGGAACAGGCGAUGCUAAGCGACGCUGCCACACGACUGGCCGCAAAGAUUGACGUGGAGCUGCGUGAUCAAGAGAGAUUCGCUCGUGCCAACCGGGCCAGAGAUGACGAUGACUAA